AGUAGGUGGGUCUCUCUUGCAAAGUGCUUGGCGUUUCCUCCAAUGGUCUCGUUAUUAAAUAUCCAAAGAAAGGUGAGGCAGCAGUUUGCAGGACGCCAAAUGAAUUGGGUUAUUAAUCGGGCGGCAUAUACUUAAAUAACGAGGGCUGGUCUCUAUAUAUUUGUAGGUGGAUCCCCGCUGUAUGGUGAAUGUUUAACUGUAGCCGUUUCGUUUUAAAUGUCUGUAGUUUAAAAGGAGGAGAGAGUUACUCGAUGCGUGGUGCCACAAUUCUAAAGCGAGAAGAGGGUUCACAGCGCGCGUGCAGACAGUUGCCUCAAGCUAGUCUCUCUCUGCAGACACUUGAGCAUCAUUCCUGUGAUCUGGAACGGAGGAGUCAAGAGCAGAACAGUGGAACAACCCGUUGAACAUUUCUCGGCAUCAUCCUUCCGUCUGCGUAAUGGCAUUAGCGAAAAUUUUAAAACAGCCAGGUUGUAAAUGGCACUUUGGUUGUUUUUAAACAUUGAGUUGACGUUUUGGAAUCUCACAAUAUCAUUUUUAGUGCUUUUUUAUUAAUUCGUUUUAAAAUGCCCCUCUUUUGAAGACUGCAGUGCGUUAUUUAUUUUUAUUUUUUUGCGAAAUUGGACUCCCCUCCCCUCCCCUCUCCUUUACCCGACCCCGACCACUUUGCGGUACCAUCUCCGUUAUAAUGUUUUGGAUAUGUGUGUGGUUGAGCUGCACAGCUGGGAUAAGGAUAGCAGGUUGCUGUUAAAUUCUCUCUCUCUCUCUUCAUAUGAUGGUAAUCUGGAAAUGUAGACUGGCUGACUCUAGGAAAAAGAGCCAAGAACGCUUUACACCUGAUUUGGGAAAUGGGAAGUUAGAGAUAGGCUGGCAGCAGCAACGUGGUUAAGACUUGCCUGCGGGAUCCAGCCACGACUAAUAUUUAUUUAUGCAUUUAUUCUUAUACGUUUUUUUCCAAAAAGUCAAGUUUGUGCAUUUAUACUGGACCAAAUGAGGAUGCUUUAUCAGCGCGGUGUUAAAUCAGUGCAGGGGGACCUCUACUGGGCCUCAGCGAGGUUCACCGGGAGUUUCUUCCUUUUCUUCCUGUUAUCUCAGAUGCGGCCGUCUUCCGCGUUUCUUACAGGUUCUGUGGCUAGUUGUGAAAAUGAAGGAGAUGUGUUGCAGAUCCCAACCAUCACAGACAACCCCUGCAUCAGCUGUGUUUGUUUGGACAGAACUGUGAAACUUGGUUUACAUCGUAAGCAAUUAACUACAAAUAAAGAAGUCACCUGCAAGCGUGAGUCGUGCCCUCGGGUCCCCAAAGACUGCGCUCUGCUGGUGAAACAGAGGGGAGCCUGCUGUGAAAAAUGCAAAGGUUGCCAGUUUGAAGGGGAGUCUUUCAACAGCUCCAUGAAGUGGCAGAUACCGUCCAAACCGUGCAUAACACGCACAUGUCAGGAGGGCGUAGUGACAGAGUUUGAGCACAGGUGUGUGGUGCAAUGUAGGAAUCCCACAAUACAGAGAGGAAGAUGCUGCCCUACUUGCCCAGGGUGUAUCUUUGCAGGCAACGAGUAUCAUGAGGGGGAUGACUUCCGUCCUGAAGGGAACAGAUGUGUGAAAUGCUCCUGCGCUGGAGGUCGGACUCACUGUGUGAAGGAAGUGUGUCCCGUCCUUUCCUGUCCCCAGCACCUAAGCCACACACCUCCAGGGCAGUGUUGCCCCAAAUGUUUAGGUCAAAGGAGAGUAUUUGAUCUGUUGCUUGGAAGCUGCUUGUUUCACAGUGAGGUGUAUGAGAAUGGGACCUCCUUCACGUACGACAACUGCACUUCUUGUGUCUGCAAGAAUUCCACAGUGGUGUGUAAGAGGAAGUGCUCUCAUUCUGGGAGUUGCCAUAGCAACAAAGAGCUCUGCUGUGAGCCUUGUGUCUCUUAUGUUCCCGUUGAGGAGGUCAAGUUUUGCCAGUCUGGGAAUAAAAUCUACAGGGAUGGAGAAAUGUGGCCGUCUGUCAACUGCACACUGUGUGCUUGUGUAAAGGGGGAGGUUGAGUGCCACAAAAAAGAAUGUGUCUUAAUAAAGAGCUGCCCCUCUGGUAAAAUUCUCAACAGAAAUGGUUGCUGCCCCAUUUGCACUGAAAAACCUGGAGUUUGCACUGUGUUUGGAGACCCUCACUACAAUACUUUUGAUGGCAGGACAUUUAACUUUCAGGGGACCUGCAAGUACGUUCUGGCCAAAGACUGCUCGGCGGCAGCUAGCUUUCAGGUGCUGGUGAAGAACGACGCCCGCAAAACACGCUCCUUCUCCUGGACCAAGUCAGUGGAGUUUAUCUCAGCUGAUGUGAGCAUCAGCCUUCACCAGCACCUCACAGUAAAGCAGAACGGGACUCGGCUAUCUCUGCCGCAUGACACGGCACAGAUACGUGUUGACUUGGACGGGUACUUACUGAAACUGACCACGAAGACAGGUCUGGUGAUCUCGUGGGAUGGGGACAGUUUUGUGGAGGUCAUGGCUGCCCCUCACCUGAAGGGUAAGAUGUGUGGCCUGUGUGGGAACUACAAUGGGCACAAGCGAGACGACCUCAUCGGUGGCGACGGCAACUUCAGGUUCGACGUGAACGAGUUUGCAGAGACAUGGCGCGUGGAGUCCAAUGAGGUGUGCAACCUGCCGCAGAAGAAGCCCCCGCUUUACCUCUGUCCCGGGACCGUCAAGGUCAAGUUCCGAGCGCACCGCGAGUGCCAGAAACUCAAGUCCUGGGAGUUCCAGAAGUGCCACUCCACAGUCGACUUUACCUCAUUUUAUAGGUCGUGCGUGACUGACAUGUGCGAAUGCCCUGUACACAAGAACUGCUACUGCGAGUCCUUCAUUGCCUACUACCGGGCCUGCGAGAGGGAAGGCAUCAAAGCCCACUGGAAGCCCGAGCAGAGCUGCAUGGCCACCCAGUGCAAGCAUGGAGCUGUCUACGACACUUGUGGCCCAGGGUGCACAAAGACGUGCGAUAACUGGAACGAGAUAAUCCCGUGCAAUAAACCCUGCGUGGCUGGGUGCCACUGUCCAGCAGACCUCGUGCUUUCCAAAGGAAGAUGCAUUAAGUCCACUCUCUGCACACGCCGAUGACACAAGCUGGAUUGGGGAAGGACUUACAGGCAGGUGACUGCUGUUCCUGUGAAGCUAAUCCUUGAAAACAGCCCAUGACGGUAAAAACUCCCAAGCACCAACAUCCACCCAUCAACAUCUCCACAGUGAUGGGCGUCACCCUUCAAAGUUGUCUGUACACAUCACGUUUUGUCCAGAUCAAUGACAAUAUGCACUCUUAACUUUAAAAUACGAGUCUGCAGUAUUUUCAACAGAGGAUGUUUUGACAUGCUGGAGUUACUGAAAAUAUACAAUUACAGAAGGGAAGUGGUUAUGACCUACAAUACAGGAAUAUAAGCAACAAGCUUGCAUUUUAGUUUGUAUUUUUUUUUUACUAUGAGGUAUAUGUAUUAUCUUCUGGAGAUGCUGUAAAGUAAAAUUGUGUAAAGUAAAAACAGAUGUUUUUUUAUUAUUGUUUUUUAAGUUAAGGUAAAUAAUAACUAAAAAGAUAUAUGUCUAAAACCUUCAAUUGUAUGUGUUACAGAUCAUUUUUAAAGGGAAAAAAUAGUUUUGAAGAACUUGAUUCAGUUGGAAACGAGCUCAAACUAAUUUUUUUUAUUUUAUGUAUUUUUGUUUAUGGUGAACUACAGCCUUUUUCCAUACAAAUUUAAAUAAAGUACUGUAUUUUUUAUUUAGCAGAUGCCAAGGUGACUUACAUAGACUAGGGUGUGUGAA